GUCGGCUUAGUGUGAUAUCCCGACCAGUAAGUCCUUGUUGAAAGUUUACAAGCGACGUUGGUCAGUGUGUGUUGGUCAGUCUGCCUUCUUCUCUUGUUUGGUGAAGAUCUACGUCCAGUUUUGUGUAUACUUAUUUAUCUGAAGAUGGCCGUAACCCUUAUCUGGAUGGUACUUGUGGGUCUCCUAGCAAUAGGUAUAGACUCUGAAGAGCACUCUACUUUCAAUACUCUUCACAACGAGACCGGACCCCUCGCCAACGUCUCUACUAACGCCACUACAAAACGUCAGAGGGACGUGACGCCUCAUGUGUCCUUCAACGUAAAGAGGGCUACAGAUAAACUUACCGCCGUCGCUCACGUUCAUUUUCAGGAAGUGGUGAUCAACACAGGAGGCGGUUGGGACAAUACAACCAGCGAGUUCGUGGUUCCUGUUGCAGGACGUUAUUUAUUCAUUUUCGGCGCUAUUAGUGACCAGACCAGCAACUUUGCACUGUCUUUGACCCACAAUGGCGUGAAUAGGGCGACUGCUUACGCGACAACCACCACCUUGGAAUAUGCCUCCACCUCGGUGACCCUGGACCUCUACACACUUGACAGGAUAUACUUACAGUUGCAGCAGGGCAGGAUACACGAAAGGCCGGGCGAAGAAACCUUUACAACCUUCGUGGGUUAUCUUCUCGUCCCCUGGUAAAAGUCGGUCAGAUGUGAGGUGCCUUCAUCUUUAUUAAACGAAUUCGUGCAU